GCGGGCCGAGGGCGCCUGCAGCUGCUCCCGCGCGCGCAGCCCCGGGGAGGCGGAGGAGGACGGACCGGGAUCCGGGGACUGAGACUGACACUUCUACUCCUCCCGGUUACUGGCCACUUAGGCGGGACCCCCUAACUCACCCGCGCUAGAGCAACGCGAUUUUUGAAAAAAAAAAAUAGCAAAGCAAGAAAAAAAAAAAAAAAGAAAGAAAAAGCAACCAGUGACCCCCCCCCCCACACCACCACCCUUUUCUUAGCCCCCUCCUCCCUUUUCCUGCUUCGGCGAGAGCUCCCUCCUUCCGGCUCCGCCAGCCCCGGCGCCCCUUCCCCGGGAAGCCGAGCGCCCCAGCCCGCAUCUCGCCCAAGCCGCCGCCGCUGCCGCCUCUCGCUGCCUUGCAAUAUAGGGGACAAGCAGACCAUGGUGAAUCCGGGUAGCAGCUCGCAGCCUCCCCCGGUGACGGCCGGCUCCCUCUCCUGGAAGCGGUGCGCUGGCUGCGGGGGCAAGAUCGCGGACCGCUUUCUGCUCUAUGCCAUGGACAGCUACUGGCACAGCCGCUGCCUCAAGUGUUCCUGCUGCCAGGCACAGCUGGGCGACAUUGGCACGUCGUGUUACACCAAGAGCGGCAUGAUCCUUUGCAGAAACGACUACAUUAGGUUAUUUGGGAAUAGCGGUGCUUGCAGCGCGUGCGGUCAGUCCAUUCCUGCGAGUGAACUCGUCAUGAGGGCGCAAGGCAAUGUGUAUCAUCUCAAGUGUUUCACAUGCUCUACCUGCCGGAAUCGCCUGGUCCCGGGAGAUCGGUUUCACUACAUCAAUGGCAGUUUAUUUUGUGAACACGAUAGACCUACAGCUCUCAUCAACGGUCAUUUGAAUUCACUUCAGAGCAAUCCACUACUUCCAGACCAGAAGGUCUGCUAAAAGGUCAGAGUAAUGCAGAAUGCGUGCCUUCAUCUCAGAUUCUGUUCAUCACAGGUGGACCCCUCGUGUCUUCUGUAGACAGUCACCUUUGUAGCCAGCACCAGUGCCAGCUCUCAUGCCAUUGCACCUUUAGUCUUGAUUGCCCUUCCCGCAUUUAUUGGUGUAUUAAAAUGACUGAACAUGAACAUUAAGGACUCCAUGAACCUGGGCUAAUGGGAGACUGUAGAGAAAAUGAAAAAAGAUUCACCAGAGGACAUCUUUGUGGGGGGAGGGAGCUUGGGGGGAGGGAAAUGACUAAUGAAGCUAAUUAAAAGAAGCAUUCAAAUCUGCUUUCCACCCUCAUUAACAAUUAGCAGGGCACCGGCCAGAGUUUGCACCCCGUGUUUUAACUUAACAACAUUCUGUUUGCUCUUUGUAUAUUUAAGUGUUGUAAGGAAACGUGUUUCAAUCAAACUGAACAUGAGUUAAUGGAAAGAGAUGUGGCUUUUGUGAUAUUCAAUCACAGACACUUUUAUUGUAUCUCUGUAAAAUACAAUGUAUGUAUGCAUGUAAGUGUUUCUGUCCUGUUGCUACACCCAUGGCAAAGUUUAAAAUGGAAAAAAAAAAAAAGAAUGAAAAAAAAGGAAAAAAAGUUGAAAAAAAUCAGGCUCAUAGCAGCUGCUGUGUAGAAAUCUCCCUCUACUUCUAAUUUGCUGAAUGAAGAAAAAAAAUCUUUUAUUUGUGAUAUUUUCAGAGACAUUUGCUCUAGUAUGGUGUAUUUAAAUAAUAAAAAACUUAAAAGAAAAAAUAUUCAAUGGAAUUUGGGUUUAAACACUGCUUUUUCUCUUAUGUAUUUUUGGAAGAAUUUAGGGUGUGUUCUUUUUGUUGUGUCCUUUAUAUUAAGCUUACUAAAUUUGAGGGGGGUGGGAAGUGGUAUCUAUAUUUAUUUAGCUCUGGGCCAAUAAAGUAUUCUUCAGAUUAUUUAACCCUGCCAUUUUUGGCAGAAGUACAAA